AUGAUCGCCCGAACAAACAACGGCUUCAUGACGGAUAACCUCAUGCGGCUUUACCAUGACGUUAUGGAAGGCGCGCUAUCAUGCUGGUUAACAGAGCAAAACUGUCCUUACCUGCCCCUGGCCAAGGCCGCGAAACCCCCGAGUUUGACAGACACUCCGUCACAUGCGUUCACCUCAGCGCCAACGAACCUACCAAACAGGAUUUUCAAACGCGUCGUCAAGCUCGACAAGUCUCUCGGGUCCCUUGGGAUUAAACCGUUGAGCAGUUUGGAGGAUAAAAAGGCCACAAAGGCGCUUCACCUCGCGAUCAUGGCCUUCACCGCACAGUGGGCACAGGGAAGCCAGAGGAGCCAAGAGCGAUACCAACAGGGAAAAAUGUUCGGCGAAGACCUCAUUUCGAGUGAUUUUGGGGAAGAGUUUGACACGACGCUUCAGGUGUCGUUCUGGCAUCAGGCCAGGAGAUGCUUGGACGACUGUGCCGGGAUCGGCUCAUUCAAGGUUGCUCUGGCGGAAUUGAUUUUCGGCCUCACCCAGAAGCAUACCAAAGAGCCGGAAUGGGACGAAUACGAACUUGAUCAGUCCAUGCCGGGCCAGAGCGAGGAGAUGGGGGGCGAGGGGUCUUUCACAGCAAGCAGGGUCCAGAGGGUUUUGGACGAAGACGGGUACUCAAUCUACCUCGAACGCGCCGCCAGAAGGCUCCAUGUCCUCAAAUAUCAAUGCGAAAGUUUCGAGAGGAAACAGAAGAAAUCCAAAGAGAAGCAGCAGGCCGGAGAGGAUGAAAACACGGAAGAGAAAGCGACCAUGAAAAUGGUCUACUGGAUGGCCAUUAUGUUCGACACACUCUCGGCCGCCAUCGCGGAGAGGCCUCCCACGGUAUCGGACGAAGACAGCAAAGAGAACGGCAUGCAACUAGCCGUGGCGGGCACACACGAAUACUUCUCUUCGAUAUCGGACGAUGAACGGUGGAACGACCGGAACAUCAUCAAGAGAGAUCCGAAUUUGGCCCCGUUACGAUUGCCCUGCUCCGAAGAAGCCAUCUCGAAGGAGCUCAUCGACGCGGCACCCGUCAAGGUUCUUUUGUUCCGGAAGAUCACGCGGAUGCAGAGCCUCUCGUCUCGAGGGGCGAAUCAGAGCGCGGUCGAGGAUGCCAUCCAAGAAGGCCUGGCGGUCUAUCGCUACUGGGACGUGACUUACUUGCCAAUAUUCCAGGACUGUCUUCAGAACCACAACACGCUGCCGCCAAAGAUCCAGAGCUGGUACGUGCCUCUCCUCGGACACUGGCUGCUCGCCGUGAUGAUAAUGGCGGACUGCAUCAAACUCCUGGACGAACAGCAUCAGAGCUCGCCCCUGCGAGCCGAGGAGCGCGCCGAGACCGGGGCGAUUGACCACCUCCGGCGGACGGGCAUGUGGGCGGUCUCUGACCUCGCAAGGGCUUCGACGCCGCGGGACGACGACAUCGGGAGGUUGACGAGCUAUCACCCGGCGGUGAACGAGGGCGCCUUGCUGACCGAGCCUUGGACGAUGGUCUUGAUCAGAUCCUUUGCGACGGCCGGCAAGUCGUUUCUCGAUGACGCGGCCGAGGCCGGCAACGCGGGCCUUUCCGAGUACAGCUCGCGCCUGGAGAUGCUCGGCAGAUGCGAAGACUGUGUCAAGGCCCUGUGGUACCUGGGUCGGAAGUCGAGCAUUUCCCGGCAGGUUGCGGGGAUUUUGAGGGCCGGGUUGGACGCCGAGCGGUCCAAAGUAUUCAAUCUCGAAGGAGGCGCUGCGGUAUAUGAUCCGUUGGCAACAUUCAGCUCAGUCGUUGGCUUCUGA